AUGAAGAGCAUACAAAGCUCCCUUUGCGAUAUAUACCGACACACACCAAGGAUCAUUCAGCUCAUAGAUAUUUUCCUCGCUUUCACCUUUUCCGCGUUAAUUAUUUUGUCCUUGUAUGCUUACGCUUACUCCUUUUUCGGCGAACGGAUUUCAGUUGCCGCGAUUUUUACGGCCAUUGGAAAUUUGACCUUUUUGGUGGCCCUCCGGGAGCAGCUCACGAACAAGAGCCUGUUUAAUCUCAAAAGGGAGAAAGUCAUUUUCGAUUUUGUUAUGUGCACCCUAGUACUGUACAUUGUCCGAAGUUAUAUGAAAAGGCUCAGAAACGCCUCAGUCGAAAUUGACAUAGAAAACAGGAAAGAUUUAUCAAAGCUUGAAAUUAUAAAAAUGUUUUUAAAAGGGGUAAAGGACUGUAAAAAUGUCGAACGUUUAAGGGAGAUGGCCAAGGGACACGUGCCUCCAAGCACGAAGCGAAAACUGAUGAAGCAAAGACGAAUGGCUAACCUACGAGCUCACGUUAAAAACUGCAGAAUAAGGAAACAGGAGGAAGUUCCCCCGGAAAAGAACAUCCUCAAUUUUCCCAAAAAUCAGAUCAAGAAUAUAAAUGCCGCCGUCCUGUACUUUAGGCAUUAUUUCGAGAAGUACGAGGAGAAUACGAAUUGA